AUGGAAUUGCCAACGCAAACUUGUGCUUCAGCCCCGUUCGAUCACGCUAAAGCAGACGUUAUCUUACGAUCAGCUGAUGGCGUGGAGUUUCGAGUUUUCAAGCUCUUCCUCUCCCUUGCCUCUCCGUUCUUCGAAACAUUGUUCGGCCUCCCUCAGGCUCCUGACGGGACUUCCGAUCAAGAGAUGAAGGAUGGCUUAGCAGUCAUCGCCGUGUCUGAGGACAGCAAAACUCUAGAUUUGUUUCUCAGGUUUUGCUAUCCAUCGACGCUGGCGGAGGAUCCUUCUCUUGACAACCUCACAGAGAUUCUCUCUGUACUCGCAGCUGCGAAGAAGUAUUCACUAGACCUGAUCGAGAAAAAAGUAUGUCAGGCUCUAGCGAAUCCCAAGGUUCUUGAAAUAGACCCCCUUCGCUCCUUCGCCAUUGCGAGGAACGCACGGCUCAAGCAUGAAACCGUCACCGCUGCCAGAUACAACUUACGGCAACCCUUAAUUCCUGCGUUAUUUGCAGAGAUCAACCUGAUCACCGCAUCCGACUUUCUUGCCCUACUAACAUACCACAAAAAAUGCAUUAUCUCCGUACAAGACCUAAUGAAGAAUCUCAAAUGGAUGACGGAUCACUAUGUCAAUACGAAUGGCUGCGGUUGGCUGUUGAGUGGCACCACCUACUACAACGGGAAUUACUGCGGCUGCGGACAGGGUACCGACAGAAGAUUUUUUCCUUGGGGAAACGCUCCAGUUGUAUGGUGGACAACAUAUAUGCAGGAGGUAUAUGAGCUAUUACAGGAUAGCCCGUCUGGCGAUACUGUGAGGACGGCAGCGGACAGGACAAUCCUGAAGGUCAGAAGUGCAAACUGUAGUGUUUGCUCUGGCCUGGUGAAAGAAGGCAUGUCGGAGUUUAGCAACUUGCUUGCUCUAAAAAUCGAAGAGGCUGUCGCUCCGGUAUGUACCUUGCUAUACAACACGGACAAACUUUGA